AUGGUGUCGCACGGUCCGUUCCACCGGCGGCUGUGGAACCCUUUCGGCGCUUUCAAGAAGCCCGUCAAGAAGCCGCCGCCUAAAAGCGGCGGCGCGGGCAAGCAGUCGGCCGCCGUGGCGUGCGAGGGCGUGCAGUGCCCGCAAGGCGCGGCGUGUGUCGCGGACAGCAACGGCUUUCCCUUCUGCAAGUGCGACGGGACCCUCGCGCUGAUCAACGGCUCGUGUUUGCCAGCCGUGGACGGCCAGGUGGUGGCAACAAGCGUGCUGCUGUUCGCCGCCGCCAAUUUCUCCCCCGCGCCGCCCGCCGUGCUGCGCGGCGCCAUCCCGAACCGCACAUGCGUGAACCUACCCGCGUCGCACGCGGGCGCCAUCGGGUCGCUGCGCAUCCUGUGGAGCGUGAAGGACGGCAGCAGCGGCGCGAGCCGCGUGGUGUGCGGGAAGGUGUUCUUCUGGGACCAGCCGGAUUGCUGCUGCUCGGGGUCGGGGUGGGAGGUGCCGGGCGGGUGGAAAGCCGCUAGUGCCGCCAAGACCAACUACGCGCCCACCAGCAUUCAAGUAACGGGCGGGGUGGUCGCGGGAGCCAAGUCCAUGUCGUGCCAGGCCUUUGCCGACCCUGCUGCCACCACGGAGCCCGGCACAGGCGUGCCCACCGGCAACACCGGGAGCUCUGGCAGCACUGGAAGCACUGGUAGCACGGGCGGCAGCACGGGCGGCAGUACGGGCGGCAGUACGGGUGGCAGCACGGGUGGCAGCGGGGCGUGUAAGGAGACGGUGUGUCCGGCCAACUCCGUGUGUGUGGCCCAGGUCUCUGGCACGACAUGUAACUGCGUGGCUGGCUACGCCAAGGUCAACGGGCAGUGCGAGGCGAUGGACAUCUGCUCAAUCGUCUCCUGCCCAGCCAACUGCACCUGCUCCUCUUCCGCUGGCAUUGCCAAGUGCUCCUGCCCAGACCGAUGCUACGGUGUCAAGUGUCCGGACGUGUCCACGUGUGUGGUGCAGAGCGGUACGCCCGUGUGCAAGUGCCCCGCGCCCUACACGCGGCUCAUCGACAACAAGUGCUCCUCUGCUGCCCUUCCCAACUCCGACUACCUCGAUGUUCACAACAACGCCCGCGCUGCUGUGGGGGCCGUGCCUCUCGUGUGGGAUGACACAUUGGCUUCGCACGCGCUGGCGUGGGCGACGGUGCUGACCAACAGCACGUACAACUGCGGGCUGUCGCACGGCGGCAACAGCGGCGAGGGGCAGAACCUCUCGGGCGCCAGCCCCUCCGGCUGGGCCUCGAAUGCAGCGGCGGCCAGCUGGUGGGUGAACGAGGGGCAGUGGUACUCGGUGGCUGUGUUCCCCGACGGCUGUGAGGGCGGCAACUGGGCCAAGUGCGGGCACUACACGCAGGUGGUGUGGAACAACUCCAGGAAGCUGGGCUGUGCCAAGGCGUCGUGCGGCACGAGUGGGGACGUGUGGGCGUGCCACUACUACCCGCCCGGGAACUACGGCGGCCAGCGGCCCUACGUGCAAGACCCGUGCUUCAGAGUGCAGUGUCCGUCCACCUCCACGUGCUCAGCAGUGGACGGCAAGCCCGUGUGCGUGUGUGGAGCGGGUCAGGCGCUCGUCAACAGCUCGCAGUGCCUUCCAGACCCGUGCAUAGGGGUGAGCUGUCCGGCGGGCGACCUGGUGUGUGACGCCAGCACCGGCAAGGCUCAGUGCGUCUGCCCCAAGGGGACGCUGUUCGUUGCCCCCAACACUUGCCUCGCGCCGGUAUGUGUGGGGGUGCAGUGCCCCUCCACAUCUCGCUGCAGAGCCACCAAAGAUGACAUCCCCUUCUGCGCUUGCCCUGAUUGCUCCUCCCUCGCCAACGGCACCUGCACUCAAGCGGCCCCUGCCGCAGUGGCAACGAGUCUGGUGCUCUACAACUCGCCCAACUUCACCAACACACCCGCCUCCCUCGCGCCCGUUGUGCUGCGAGCCGCCACGCCCGACGCGGGCUGCGUCAACAUCCCGUCAUCCCUGGCAGGGGCGGUGGGGUCGCUGCAGAUCCUCUGGGACGUGCCGGACGGGGCGGCGGGGGCGCGGCAGGUGUGCAAGCUGAUGACCACGAGUGGUAACUUUGCAGCAGUGAGAUCCAUCGCCUGCUCCGGCAGCACAGACAGCACUGUCACCACUGGCAGCACCUGCAGCACGGGCGGCACAGGCAGCACGGGCGGCACGGGCAGCACCGGCAGCACGGGCGGCACGGGCAGCACGGGUGGCACGGGCAGCACAGGCAGCACGGGCAGCACGGGCGGCACCGGCAGCACGGGCGGCACGGGCAGCACGGGCGGCACCGGCACGGUGGACAUCUGUUUGAACGUCACCUGCCCCGCCAACUGCAACUGCUCCUCUUCCGCUGGCGUUCCCAAGUGCUCCUGCCCAGUGGUGGACAUGUGUACGAUCGUCACCUGCCCCACCAACUGCACCUGCUCCUCUUCUGCUGGCAUUGCCAAGUGCUCCUGCCCAGACGCAU